UAAAACGAUGACUGUGCAUUGUUAUGAAGCUCUAUCGGAUUGAAUAGCUGUGAAUUAUGGAGCUGCUUAUUUUCCUUCUGCUUCCCAGCAUAUUCGCAUUCACAACGUAUGCCGACGACGAGGAAUUGGAUACGCUACGGAUAUAUUUCUGCUAUGAUAUGUGUCCGUACUUCAAGCAUCGCGACAAAAAGUUUGACUAUAAGGAAGUAGAGCAAAAAUGCAAAAAAGGCAUCCAAGAAAAGAAGGAAUCUUGUGCGGCGUUUAAGAAACUGAGUAAGGACAUUAAGGAAGAUAUAAUAAAGACAUUGGAAAAGCUCACUUGGAACCAAAUUUGCACCGGAAAUUGCAGGGUACUUGGCAUUCCAAGUUGGGCGCCAUAACUUCUUUAAACAAGUGUUGAGGUGAAUACCAUAUCAUCAAUUUCUC